GAGUGCUCGCAGUUUUACAUUGUGACCCGUGCCCAACGAUUGGUGGACUUUUACCGUAAGAGCGAACGAACCAGGCGGAAUGUGAGAGCUGGAGAGCUUUGUUGGAGACGUCGAACAGGGACACCUGACGCGACAGUCUCAAGCGCCCUGCGUUCUCUUGCGUAUGUAGCCUAUGUUUGAAACCUGUUCUACCGCAAAAGGCUGUAGGAAUGUGGGAUAUAAGUCAACGUAAAAGAACCCAUGUUUCCCUGACAACAUGACGACUGAUCUAAGCCUGACGUCCCUCCUGAAUGUGUCUGAUCUCCACAACGUGACGCGGGGGGGAUGUUCCUUGACCAGAACAGGAUUCCAGUUCUACUAUCUACCCACCGUGUACAUCCUGGUGUUCAUCACCGGCCUGGUGGGGAACAGUCUGGCCAUCUGGAUGUUUGUCUACCACAUGAGACCCUGGAGCAGCAUCUCUGUGUACAUGUUCAACCUGGCUCUGGCCGACUUCUGCUACGUCCUCUCCUUGCCCUUCCUCAUCUUCUACUACUUUAAUAAGACAGACUGGAUAUUCGGGGACGUUCUCUGCCGACUGCAGAGGUUUAUAUUCCAUGUCAAUCUGUACGGCAGCAUCCUGUUUCUGACCUGUAUCAGUGUCCACAGGUACACAGGAGUCGUCCACCCGCUCAAGUCUCUGGGAAGACUCAAGAAGAAGAACGCCGUGCUGACCAGCGCCCUGGUCUGGGUCGUGGUCAUAGCGGGGAUCUCUCCCAUCCUCUACUACUCUCGGACGGGGGAGAAACGUAACGCCACCACGUGUUACGACACGACCACGGAGGAUGAGCUGCCUGGUUACUUUAUCUAUAGCAUGUGUUUGACCGUCUUCGGUUUCUGCAUCCCUUUCCUUCUCAUCCUGGGUUGCUAUGGGAUGAUCGUCAAGGAGCUGGUCUGUAACGACAUGAACAACGCGCCGUUACGGCGUAAGUCCAUCCACCUGGUGAUUAUCGUGCUGGCCGUGUUCGCUAUGUCCUACCUGCCCUUUCACGUGAUGAAGAACCUGAACAUGAGAGCCAGGCUGUACUUCCAGGUCCCGGACAUGUGUGCCUUUAAUAACUGCGUUUACGCCACCUACCAGGUGACGCGGGGGCUGGCCAGCCUCAACAGCUGUGUGGACCCGGUCCUCUACUUCCUGGCUGGUGACACGUUCAGGAGAAAGUUCUCCAGAGCUACUCAAAAACAAUCCAAGAAGGGGGAGGGGCUCCCACUGCAGUCCAAGAGUGAAGAGACGGUGCUCAACAGCCUGCCGGAGUAUGUCAAGAACGGGGAUGGGCAGCUUUGAGAGAGGGCUGGGUUUAGGUCCGGGUGGUCUUUCUGAACCUCUAUAGGGCUUUGUGUGUGAAUUUGCUGUGAAUUGGUGCUGUGGACCUUGCAGACUGUGUGUGCACUGUGGAUAGAACGAUCUGGGUGUGAAUCGGACAAAGCUGAUGGCAAUGGGUAGUGUCUCUGUAAUGUCAUCACUACUGUAGGUAGGUACUGUAUAUUCUGAAUGUCAACGAGGUGCUCAUCCAUCUAUAACCAAACGGAAGGAGAAUGUAAUAGGUUGAGCUCCUGUAAACAAUGGUCUCUUGUUCAUCUAUCCAACCAACACUGAUGUGUUUGUAAUGGAGAGAGGGCUGUGCUAGCCACCCAGUGGAUGCAUCAUAAUCCCCUGCCUACGAGAAGUUGGACUGUGAUGGCUAGGUGAGACACCAGGGAUGAUUGAGAUCCAUUAGCUAGAGUUUGGACCUUAUGACUGCUCUGUGGAGGUCGACAUACAAAGAUUAUAAUGCACUGUGCAUGUUUUUAAUUCUCAGACUUCUAUAAAUUAAAUUAAAACCCCAAAGCUGACUGCUAUUCCCUUCUCACUUGUUCUCUGUCCUCAUGGAUCUUUCUAUCAUCAGUGGACCUCUGGACACAAAUUGAAACUUUUUUUUUUUUUCCCCGAGUUGUGAUCCAAUAAAAUAAUUUUUAUUAUAAAAAUAAUUUCCAAAAUACAAUCUGGGAAACCAUUUUUAAUGCUAUAUUGAUUGUGUAAAUGUAACAAUUACUGUAUAUGACAAGGGAACAACAUUCCCACCUCGUUCUUUGUAAAUAAUGAACAUUUUUAUAAUUUUCUUGAUGACGAACUUGAAACUCUUGACACUCACUGGCUUUGAGACCACAGAAUCAUCCAAAAUAGUGCUGCUAAUAGAUUUAUAUUAUGAUUGAAGAAAACAUUUUCAGAGAUGAAAUUAUUUAAAAAAAAUAAAAAUAUUAAUGAUAAUUUCUACAUACUUUUUACCUGGUUGAAGUCGUUUUUAAAUUCAGACUAGACUAUUCAGUCUGAAGUAUUAUAAUAUUUUUCACCAUGACCCAACUCAAAACCUCGCACCACCCAAAUUUGGGUCGCGACCCACCAGUUGAGAAUCGCUGCUCUAUGGCGUUCCUCUGUGUGACAGCUACUUAGCUACGUUAACGCCAGCGCUGUCUUUAUGUGGCUCUGUUUCAGUACUGUAUCUCUAUGGCGUUCCUCUGUGUGACAGCUACUUAGCUACGUUAACGCCAGCGCUGUCUUUAUGUGGCUCUGUUUCAGUACUGUAUCUCUAUGACGUUCCUCUGUGUGACAGCUACUUAGCUACGUUAACGCCAGCGCUGUCUUUAUGUGGCUCUGUUUCAGUACUGUAUCUCUAUGACGUUCCUCUGUGUGACAGCUACUUAGCUACGUUAACGCCAGCGCUGUCUUUAUGUGGCUCUGUUUCAGUCAACUGUAUCUCUAUGGCGUUCCUCUGUGUGACAGCUACUUAGCUACGUUAACGCCAGCGCUGUCUUUAUGUGGCUCUGUUUCAGUCAACUGUAUCUCUAUGACGUUCCUCUGUGUGACAGCUACUUAGCUACGUUAACGCCAGCGCUGUCUUUAUGUGGCUCUGUUUCAGUACUGUAUCUCUAUGACGUUCCUCUGUGUGACAGCUACUUAGCUACGUUAACGCCAGCGCUGUCUUUAUGUGGCUCUGUUUCAGUCAACUGUAUCUCUAUGGCGUGACCUUGGUCUAUUUAUUCUACGUAAUAUGAAGGGUCUAUACUAGUCUCAUGUGAAUAGGACACAAUACAGUACUAUGCUGUAAUAUACUGAAAGUCUGUUGUAGGAUUACUGUACAGUACAUGGUGUCAAGCUUGGUUAUGUUUUGUUUUUUUAAACAAGACUCAUCCAGACUGUUAAGUUAUGAGCCCUGUGUUAUUAUCGGGAGGCAACUUACCAGUGACAAACCACGGCAGCCAUCUUCUGUCAAGUGUUGAACUGUCUGCAUGCAGAAGAAGAUUGAAUGGCAUGUGACCGUAGAAUUAGAAUGAGUAGAACAGACGUUCCCAUUGGAAAGCAACGUUACAUGGUGUGUGUGCAAAGCAAGCGUCAGCUAUAUCAAGUGUCAUUGGCAUUGUUAAAUCACAUCGUAAUGAUUAUCACCUCUCAGUGUUCUGUACACACUAAAAAUGUAAAACAUCUCUGUCUUUAGCCACCUUUUCUUCGUAGGUCGGGUGGAAAUAGCUACUAGAUCCCUGUAACUAUGUACAGUAUGUUAUUCUAGUUCUCUGGUCCAUCGUCUUCCUAGUGGAACCAUUUGUCUGACUGUUCCUGAACUGGCCAGCAACUCUCGCAGCUCCACAGAUGUUUAUAGUAUACAGUAGUAUUGUAUGUGGAUCGACUGAUAAUAGCAUGAAAUGCAUAAGUCCCCCCCCCUAAUCCAUAUUAUUGGGAGAUAUGUAGACCUGAUGAGGAAGUGAAUCAUGUGAUCAUAUCUGCCUUCUAUAGAGAUCUGUGACAUCUGCACAUUUGCUGCUCAGGUCAGAGGUUAUCAUGUUGUACAGCAUUUUGGGGGGCCAGUUAUGACUGUGUGAAUAAAUGUUUUAUUUAAAAACAUGUAAAAGGUUAUCAGAUGAAUUUGUUUUUCAAAUAUAUAUAUUUUUUAACUCAA